AUGAUCUGGGAAAACCAUUCCCUGUGGCUGGAAUUCGUGUUCCUGUCCUAUCCCUCCAACCGAGACCUGUGUGUCCUGACCUUCCUAGGAAUCAUUCUGGUGUAUAUUUUCCUCCUCACUGGCAAUGCCCUCAUCAUGAUGGCCGUGUGGACAGAAACUCGCCUGCACACGCCCAUGUACUACUUGCUGGGCUGCCUCUCCGGGCUCGAAGUGUGCUACACGGCCGUGGUGGUGCCUCACAUGAUGGCAAAUAUGCUGCAGUCGGACAGGACCAUCGGCUUACUGGCCUGUGCCACUCAGAUGACUUUCUUAAUCGGCCUUGGCAGUGCCGACUGCUUCCUCUUGGCAGCGAUGGCCUACGACCGGUACGCUGCCAUUUGCCACCCUUUGCAGUACCCUCUCAUCAUGACCUUGACGCUCUGUGUCCGCUUGGUGGUGGCCUCUGUGACCUUAGGCCUGUUCUUGUCCUUGCAAUUGGCCAUCUUCAUCUUCUCUCUGCCCUUUUGUGAGACUCGAGGGAUCCAGCACUUCUUUUGCGACAUACCACCUUUGAUGUGCCUGCUGUGUGCCAACAGUCACAUCCAUGAGCUCUCGGUGCUGGUGGCAGCCACUCUAGCCAUCGCCGUGCCCUUCUUCCUCAUUGCCACCUCUUACGCCUUCAUCGUGAACGCUGUGCUCAAGAUCAACUCAGCUGCAGGCCGCUCCCGGGCCUUCUCCACCUGCUCCUCCCACCUCAUGGUGGUCCUGCUGCAGUACGGCUGUUGUGCUUUCAUGUACCUGCGCCCCAAAUCCAGCUUUAACCCCAAGAAAGAUCAGUUCGUCUCACUGAUAUACAUUUUUAUCACCCCACUGCUCAACCCUCUUAUCUAUACCCUGCGGAAUAGUGAAAUGAAGGGCACGAUAGGGAAAAUUCUCACCAGGAAAUGUCUUUCCCAGUACAAGUAG